AUGGACGAUUCAGACACUUCCACUUCUAUCAACUCACUGGCAUCCGAUUUGUCGCCUGGGAAAGACAAAAGAAAAUGGAGGGUCGCUCCACAUAAGAGCGUGGACGAGGUGAUCGAUUUUUUCCAAAAACCGGUGCAACCAUUCUCCCACGAAGAGAAAAACGACACGCAGCCGGAGCCGGAACCCUCCAUUUCCCUCAACUUUAUCCAGCUGUUCAACGACGUGCUCCUUCUGGUAACGAGGCUGAUCGACGUGCUCGUUCCACAGAACAGCACGUACCGGAGUCUGAUCUUUCUGAAUACCCUCAAUUUUCUUGAACAAGUUAGGAAUAACGUAUCUGGCUGGUGGAAACAGGUGCUUCUAUUCUACAAAUCUAAUUCGUAUUUGGUCAACAUCUCAGUGACCAUCUUUGUGCUCAGCAUCAUCCCCCCGGUUCUAAUAUUCAUUCUGCUAAUGGCCGUCUACACCUCAUUUAUUGGCUUUUUAUUCACCACCGGGUUCACCAUUCUUGCAAUUGCGGCAGGAAUUGGUUUCCUGCCCGUUUUCAUCAUCAGCUUGUCCGUCAUUGUGUCUGUGACCGCGGCUGUCAGCCUUGCAUAUAUGGCAGUCGGUGCUGCCAUUACUUUGUUCUCCAAUACGCUACCAACGCGAGAAUGGUUGAGUGCCAUCGCCGACACCCUCCCUCCAUCGGUUGGCAUUGCUGAAAAGAAAACUUGA